AUGGAGACUGAAACGAGUUUUUCUCAAUUGGCUCCUCCAGUCUUUGAUGAUGAAAAUUACCAAUUGUGGGCAGUGAGAAAUGAGACUUACUUGGAGGCUUUAGAUCUUUGGGAUGCCGUGGAAGAGGAUUAUGAUGUUCUUCCGCUGCCUAACAAUCUCACUGUGGCCCAGAUCAAGAGUCACAAGGAAAAGAAAAUCAGGAAAUCAAAGGCGAAAGCAACUUUAUUUGCUGGUGUGUCUGCAACAAUUUUCACGAGAGUUAUGGCUCUCAAAUCAGCAAAAGAAAUUUGGGAUUAUCUAAAGGAAGAAUAUACAGGAGAUGAAAGAAUACGAGGCACGAAGGUAUUGAAUUUAAUAAGGGAAUUCGAGUUGCAGAAAAUGAAAGCAUCUGAGACCGUCAAAGAAUACUCAGAUCGGUUGCUUGGCAUUGUUAACAAGGUAAGGUUGCUUGGUACUAAAUUUAAAGAUUCAAGAAUUGUUGAAAACAUUCUUGUUACGGUGCUUGAAAAAUACGAAGUAUCCAUAACUACCUUGGAAAAUACAAAGGAUCUAUCAAAGAUUACCUUGGCAGAAUUGUUAAAUACAUUGCAGGCACAAGAGCAAGGGAAGCUUAUGAGGCAAGAUGGUAUGGUUGAAGGAGCCUUGGAAGCCAACCACAAAAUUCAAAGCAAGGGUAAUAAUGCAAAGAAAAAUUACCCACCUUGCCAGCAAUGUGGCAACAAAGGUCAUCCACCGUUCAAAUGUUGGAAGAGGCCAGAUGCAAAGUACAAAAUUUACAACCAAAUUGGUCAUGAAGCUGUAAUUUGCAAAGCCAAAUAUCAAAAGCAUGAAGUAGAUGCCCAAGUCGUCAAUGAAGAAGAAGAAGAUCACUUGUUUGUGGCAACUUUUCUUUAA